AUGGAUGAGGGCUCCGACAAGGCCCCCCGGCGGAAGAGGGUCUCCAGGGCCUGCGAUCGCUGCCGCAGUAAAAAGGAUAAAUGUGAUGGCGUGCGUCCCACUUGCUCCGCAUGUCAGGCCUCGGGCCAGGCCUGCUCCUACGACCCCCAUGCGAAGAAACGCGGUCUGCCCGAGGGAUACGUGCGCGGCCUGGAGAAGCUGUGGGCGCUUUCCAUCUGCAAUAUCGAUGGAUUUGAAGACACCAUGCUGUCCAUGCUGGGAACCACCGCGGAAUCUGCCCCGCGCCGAGUCAAGGUGAUGUCAGCUUGGACGGACGACGGGUCUUCGGAGAGCUUGCAUGAAACGUGGAAGACCAGCCGCUUGUAUGGCGCGCUAGAGAAUAUGUUAUCUAGUUCCGAAAUCCCCCCACCAGCGACCGGGAAGCGAUCACGGAAUCCACACGAUGAUCCUCUAGUCGGUCAAUGGGGGAUCCGAGUUGGCAGAGAAUCAACGCCGCUGGGCCCCGACGCGCCGCGAGUGAUCGGACCGUCCGCUGUCUCGCCGGGGCUCAAACGAGCUCGACUGGCUCAAGCAUCCGCCGGUCGUGAUGCCUCCGCCAACGGCUCUCAAACCGCGCUGCAGCUGCCGCCUCAAACAUCACAACUGCUCGAUAUCUAUUUCGCCGCGACUCACACAUGGUUCCCAAUCGUCGCCAAGCAUAACAUUCUCCGCGCUUCAUACCUCUACGCCAAUGCACCUGUAUCCGUUGCGACCACCUCGCCAGGAUCUGGGGAUCACGCUGCCCUGUGGGCGAUCCUCAGCUACACCAUCACACAAUCCCUCACCGUCCCGCGCACCGGUCCUGCUGGAGCCAUGUCUCUUGCGAAGGAGUACUAUGCUGUGGCUCGUAAUCUCAUUCCCUCCGAAAAAGAACGCUACGAACUCGGUCAUAUUCAGGCCUUACUUUUACUGACUUUGGUGAACAUGGGUCUGGAAGACUGGACGGCUGCGUGGCUGCUGAGCGGGCAAGCUGUGCGCAUGGCCAUCGCCAUGGGCUUUGGUUCUUUCAGUGAUACCAGAAGGUCCGACGAGCUGAGACAGGGCAAAGCAGUCUUUUUAGGAUGCUUCGUCGCCGAUUCCUUGUUAUCGUUCCGCCUCUCGCGCUGCCCUGCAAUGUCCCCAAGCGACCUGGCUGCAAUUGGCUUGUUGGAAGAGGAUGGGCUGGAGGAAUGGAACUCGUGGAUGGAUGUUCUUCCCCCGACUGGGGCUUCGCAAGGGACAAAUCCCCCGCGCAGAGGACCGCUACUGGCGCUAAGCUGUUUCAAUCGCCUGGUAGAACUGGCAAGUGUCUUGAACAAAACUGCACGCAAUUUGUCAAUGGGAUACAAAGCAGACACAUUUGCACAGCAGCUGGUGAUGGAUCUGAAGAAGUGGGAUGAUAAUCUCCCUCUUGGAUGUCGUUUGACAGGGCCAGAAAGCAUCUACCCAGAACGACACUCAGCGCUGCUACCCCAUCAGAGUUACCUUGGCCUGACCUACGUGGCCAUACUCCUUUGGUUAUAUUUACGUCUCAUCCCCGGGGAACAGGGACUGCAUCCAUCGCAGCGGCCGGCCACGGAGGGGGCCAAGAAGCUUCUCUAUCGAGGACUGUCCAUGUUCGCACAGCACCUGGAGAACUUCCCCAUGUGUGGAUUUUCUCCCAUUUUUGAAUUUGGCCUGCGCACGAUUUCGGAGCAAGCCUUCUCGCUGCGCCAGACUGUCGACUCGUCGGAUAGUUUCCCAUUUGCACACUGGGCCGAAGAGUUCAGACAGAAGGCAACGGUGCUAAUCCCAACCUGGCCUGUAUAUGGAUCCUUGGUGUCGGCGAUACAACACUGGCAGCAGCCUAAGGGUUUUGUCGGUGGUCAGCCUACUGCGUUUACUGGAAAUGCGCCUGCUCCCAUCAUGCCUGCAGCCCCGCCUUUGGCGAACUCUUUGCAACCUCUAGGCGCGCCUCCUGGGCUGGAGUCUCAUAGACAAGGAAACUAUGCCUCAUCCAUUAUGGGCAUCAGUAUCCCAGUGGACGCACAAUCUCUGACACCCACAGAUACAGUGAUGAAAAAUACAGAUCUAGCAAUGAUGGAUGUUCCCAUGCAGCCGUCGAUCAUUCCAGACGAAGUCACGCCGCGCAGUGCACCGGACGCGAUGUUCCCGCCGGGACCUAAUCAACCACAUCCACACCCCUCUGAUUCUUCUACCCCUAAUACCGUGAUGACCGCCAAAGCCCUCGCAAGCGAUCGGUCCGUCCCCGCUGAGGAUGCCAUGGGUUUCAACCCUGCUGGCACGGAUGACCUUGAUGAGAUCUUCAAGGAUCUGGCGUAUCUGGAUACCACCGAGUGGUCCAACAACCGCGAGGCUGGCCUCAAAGACUUUGGUUUCCUAGACGACAGUACUUUCCAGGCAUUUUGUCAUGACCCGGAUCGCCUGGUCGGGUCUCAAACAUUGGUUCAUCCGCCAUCGAUCGCAGAUAUUUGGCCACCUCCGGGCUUCUUCCCAGAAACCUUCCAGCAACUCCAUGGAAAGCCGAUGAAUGGCUGA